UGAAAACGGAAAAAAAGAAGACUGAAUGAGAAACGGCGUGUAAAAAGAAAACGCGUUGAAGGUUAGGCUCUCACAAUCGUUGGUAUACAGAGAGACCAAACAUCUCGUCAUAAAAAACGGCAAGAAUCAUCAGUUACUUUAUACCCAUCAAUCAAGUCUUGUCCUUUUUCUCCUUCUCUCUCUCAUACGAGCUUCUUUCCUGCUGAUGAGGCUUGAGCUUUAAAUUUUCAAUCUUGAUUGAGAUUCUGCAUGUUUCUCGAUCUUUAAACUCAGAUGAAGAAUCUUGGGGGGUUGUUCAAAAUUCUUCUGCUUUUCUUCUGUCUCUUUCUAUCGACCCACAUAAUUUCCGUUUCUUGUUUAAACUCAGAUGGGCUAACUCUACUCUCUCUUCUGAAGCAUUUGGAUAGAGUACCACCACAAGUUACUUCGACAUGGAAAAUAAACGCAUCUGAAGCAACUCCAUGUAACUGGUUCGGUAUCACUUGUGACGAUUCUAAGAAUGUUGCGUCUCUCAACUUCACUCGUUCUAGGGUUUCAGGUCAAUUGGGUCCGGAAAUUGGGGAGCUCAAAAGCUUGCAGAUUUUGGAUCUGAGUACUAACAAUUUCUCCGGGACUAUACCUUCCACUUUAGGAAACUGUACCAAACUCGCUACUCUAGAUUUGUCUGAAAAUGGAUUCUCUGAUAAGAUCCCAGAUACUCUCGAUAGCUUGAAGAGGUUGGAGGUGCUUUAUCUUUACAUAAACUUCCUCACUGGUGAGUUACCUGAAUCCUUGUUUCGAAUUCCGAAGCUGCAGGUUUUAUAUCUUGACUAUAACAAUCUCACCGGUCCGAUUCCUCAAAGUAUUGGUGAUGCUAAGGAGCUUGUGGAGCUGAGUAUGUAUGCGAAUCAGUUCUCUGGUAACAUCCCUGAGUCGAUUGGGAAUAGCAGUAGUCUGCAGAUUCUUUAUUUGCACAGGAACAAGUUAGUUGGUUCAUUACCUGAAAGUCUCAAUCUUUUGGGGAAUCUCACUACUCUGUUUGUUGGUAACAACAGUCUACAAGGGCCGGUUCGUUUCGGAUCACCUAAUUGCAAGAAUUUGUUGACUUUAGAUUUGUCAUACAAUGAAUUCGAAGGCGGUGUUCCACCUGCAUUGGGAAAUUGCAGUAGCCUUGACGCUUUAGUCAUUGUGAGUGGUAACUUGUCAGGUACAAUCCCUUCCUCAUUGGGUAUGUUGAAGAAUCUCACAAUUCUUAACCUUUCCGAGAAUCGUCUCUCUGGGAGUAUCCCCGCAGAGCUCGGGAACUGCAGUAGCUUGAACUUGUUGAAGCUGAACGAUAACCAGCUUGUAGGCGGAAUACCGAGUGCAUUAGGUAAGCUGAGGAAGCUAGAAAGUCUGGAGCUUUUCGAAAACCGGUUUUCGGGUGAGAUUCCUAUUGAGAUAUGGAAGAGUCAGAGUCUUACGCAGUUGCUAGUUUAUCAAAACAAUCUCACUGGUGAACUACCUGUGGAAAUGACUGAGAUGAAGAAGCUAAAGAUCGCUACGCUGUUCAACAACAGCUUUUAUGGAGCGAUACCACCGGGUUUAGGUGUGAACAGCAGCUUAGAAGAGGUUGACUUUAUUGGUAACAAACUUACAGGAGAGAUACCGCCAAAUCUAUGCCAUGGAAGGAAGUUGAGAAUACUCAACUUGGGUUCUAAUCUGCUUCAUGGUACAAUACCAGCUUCUAUUGGUCACUGUAAGACCAUCAGGAGAUUCAUCCUUAGAGAAAAUAACCUUUCAGGUCUUCUUCCUGAGUUUUCUCAGGAUCAUAGUCUUUCUUUUCUUGAUUUCAAUAGCAACAACUUCGAAGGACCAAUCCCGGGCAGCCUCGGAAGCUGUAAGAAUCUCUCGAGUAUUAACCUAUCUCGAAACAGAUUCACGGGGCAGAUACCUCCACAACUUGGGAAUCUACAAAACCUUGGUUACAUGAAUCUUUCUCGUAAUCUUCUUGAAGGGUCUCUACCAGCUCAGCUAUCUAACUGUGUGAGUUUAGAGCGUUUUGAUGUUGGCUUCAACUCAUUAAACGGUUCAGUUCCUUCAAACUUUAGUAACUGGAAAGGCUUGACGACUUUAGUUCUCAGCGAGAACCGGUUUUCAGGAGGUAUUCCACAGUUCUUGCCUGAGCUUAAGAAGCUGUCAACUCUGCAGAUUGCUAGAAAUGCUUUUGGUGGUGAGAUUCCUUCGUCGAUUGGGUUGAUAGAGGAUCUGAUCUAUGACUUGGACCUUAGUGGAAACGGAUUGACAGGUGAAAUUCCAGCCAAGUUGGGAGAUCUCAUCAAGUUAACAAGACUCAACAUAUCUAACAACAAUUUGACAGGAUCUUUAUCGGUUCUCAAAGGUCUUACCUCAUUGCUACAUGUUGAUGUCUCCAACAAUCAGUUCACAGGUCCAAUACCAGAUAACUUGGAGGGUCAGUUGUUAUCUGAGCCGUCGUCGUUUUCAGGAAAUCCAAACCUCUGCAUUCCACAUUCCUUCUCUGCUAGCAACAAUAGCCGCAGCGCGUUAAAGUACUGUAAAGAUCAAUCUAAAAGCAGGAAGAGUGGCCUUAGCACCUGGCAAAUCGUGCUAAUAGCGGUCUUAUCGUCUUUAUUAGUCUUGGUUGUGGUCCUUGCUCUUGUUUUCAUUUGCCUACGUCGUCGCAAAGGAAGACCAGAGAAAGAUGCUUAUGUCUUCACUCAGGAGGAAGGCCCAUCUUUGUUGUUGAACAAAGUUCUUGCAGCAACUGACAAUCUAAAUGAAAAGUACACCAUUGGAAGAGGAGCUCAUGGAAUUGUGUACAGAGCUUCUUUAGGCUCCGGAAAGGUCUACGCUGUGAAGAGACUUGUAUUCGCGUCUCACAUCCGCGCUAACCAGAGUAUGAUGAGGGAGAUUGAUACAAUCGGUAAAGUCAGGCACAGGAAUCUGAUUAAGUUAGAAGGGUUUUGGCUGAGGAAAGACGACGGUUUAAUGCUGUAUAGAUACAUGCCAAAAGGAAGUCUUUACGACGUUCUCCACGGUGUUAGCCCGAAAGAAAAUGUGCUAGACUGGUCUGCACGGUACAAUGUAGCACUUGGUGUCGCUCAUGGACUAGCCUAUCUACACUAUGACUGCCAUCCCCCGAUUGUUCACCGUGACAUCAAACCAGAGAACAUACUCAUGGACUCAGAUUUGGAGCCUCACAUUGGGGAUUUCGGUUUGGCUCGCCUUCUUGAUGACUCAACGGUUUCAACUGCAACUGUUACAGGCACCACCGGCUACAUUGCACCAGAAAACGCUUUCAAAACCGUGAGGGGAAGAGAAUCAGACGUUUACAGUUAUGGAGUCGUGUUACUUGAGCUGGUUACGAGGAAGAGAGCGGUGGACAAAUCUUUCCCGGAAAGUACAGAUAUAGUAAGCUGGGUGAGAUCUGCCUUGAGCAGCAGCAACAACAAUGUGGAGGAUAUGGUAACAACAAUCGUCGAUCCGAUUCUCGUGGACGAGCUUCUGGAUUCGAGUCUUAGGGAGCAGGUGAUGCAAGUGACGGAACUGGCACUGAGUUGUACACAGCAAGAUCCGGCAAUGAGACCAACGAUGAGAGAUGCGGUGAAACUGUUGGAAGAUGUGAAACAUCUGGCAAGAAGCUGCUCCUCUGAUUCAGUUCGGUAAUCUCGUUACUUUGUGCAGAGCAGAAGGAGGAAACUAAAGGACUGUUAUCAGUGGUAACGUAACUGGGCUUACCGGUAAUGUAACUGGGCCAAUAAUGUAAAAUAUGGCUUAUUGAAGGCCCAAAUAUGACGGCCCUUUAAUUGUAACCGUGUUUGUUUGUGAAAUAAAAUCUCGUUUAUCAAA